UUUUAGAAUUCUAAUUAAUGGCGUUUAAUUAAUUUUUUACUACAUUUUUGAUAUGUUAUAAUAUGAAAUUCAACAUCCCAGAGGAAGUUAAAAAACAAAUUCCCGCUGGUUGUAAAAUAGAUUUAAAAACAUAUUUAAUCAUUGAAUAUGUAGCAAAAGUAGUUUCUCAGGAAGGUAGUUCUUUUGAAUUCAGAUUAAAGAUCCAUUUGUUGAACCAUAAGCUUCCAUUUCUUGAUUCCAACCAUGAAUUACACAAAUUAUACAAAUUUUUGCAAAAUAAUCCUGGUUAUUACCUUUAUAACAAUGAUAAACAAGAAAUUCCUUGUUUAUUGCACGAACUAUAUGAACACAUUUUUGUAGAUGAUAAGGACGGCAUUGAUAAAAAAGUAAAAUCCGAUGAAAACGUGAUUGAAGGAUACUCAGACUCUGAUUAA